CUGGCCGCCCACAGCUCGGGUCGACAUCUCUGCCGCUUCACCACUGCCGAAGAGCCGUUCUUCUUGCUCAAUGAUACGGCAUGGGAACUGGCACACAAGUUGGAUAUGGAGCAGGCCGAACAUUACCUAAAAAAUCGGGCCAGCAAGGGGUUUAAUAGCGUCAUGAUCGUGCUCAUCGCGGAGCAGGAUGGCCUGACGGUCCCCAACCGAGACGGACACCUGCCCUUUCCGCUUCAAACCGGUCUCAACGGCGAACCGAUCGUUGACAUCUAUCACCCCAACGACGCCUACUUCUCAUUCGUCGACCGCCUGAUCCCCGUCGCCGCCAAGAUGGGGAUCUCGUUGACCCUCGUGCCCACCUGGGGGAGGUAUAUCACGGGAGGCCUUCAAGGAGGGCCCGUGGUUUUCGACGAGAGGAACUCGAGGUCGUACGGAGAGUUUUUGGGCGAAAGGUAUCCCUUUCAUCCGUGGGUUCUGGGCGGGGAUACUAAUCGGUAUUGGAACCCCAAGACGGUGGCCUAUCUGGACGAAAAGAAGGACGUCAACGACUUGGAGGUUAUCGACUAUAAGCCGGUAUUUGAUGCUAUGAGAGAGGGUAUUGUGGAAGGAGAGAAGAGGGCGAUUUCCAAGUUGAGCAAGGAGGUUUGUGACAAGGCCCGAGGAUACGAAACGUUCUUUACAUUCCAUUCCACUCAAGGCUGGCUACCCAAAGCCCCCGCCCCCUCGAUGGCUAGUGCUCAGUUCCCCGACGCCGACUGGCUCACGCUAGAUUGCGUACAAACCGGCCACACAGACUUUCCUCACUCCGUCCCGAAUUGGUUCUCGACGAGCUGUUAUUUGCCGGUCAGGACGAUGUAUAAGAACGCGGAAAAGGUCAAAGGGGGAAAGUUGAGGCCGGUCAUUGAUUUGGAGCCUCAUUACGAGAGUACUCACCAUUCGUUCGAUCCGACUCGACCGAUUUGGGGAGCGGCAGAUAUCCGAAACGGUGGCUAUCAAGCCAUCUUCAACGGAACAUGCGGUUACACCUACGGAUGCAACUCAAUCUGGCGUAUGUGGGACCCAAAGUUCCCCAUUCACAACCCGCCUCACGACCCCCCAACGGCUCCGUGGCACCUCGAACUUGAUUUGCCCGGCGCCUUCUUUGCAGGAAUCAUGCAAAAGAUCAUCCUCUCCCUACCCAACUAUCACAGCCGCGUACCGAACAACUCGUUCAUUACGUCCGAUCGACACGAAGUUGCAGAGGCGUCUGCCGAAUCUGGGAUGGGACUCGUCAGCGGCAUGUCGGGGCUGGGCUGGGCUAUGGUCCACUUGCCGCUCGGCGGAUUGGUCGACGUCGACGUGCGCAAGGCCUUGCCCGGAAGCUCAAGGUAUCGAGCUUGGUGGGUCGAUCCUCGGAUCGGUAGCAAGGUGCUAGCCGUUCGUGAGGUCGAGGUUGGCGGAGAGCCUGUGACCUCGUUCCAGGCGCCAAGCGGAGGGGAUAUCGAUAAUGACUGGAUCUUGUAUCUU